UGCAUAAAAAGGGAGAUCAUCUGUUGCAGAUCGCACUCUCCACUUAACCCGGCGCACGGCACGAAGCUCACCGACAACUGAGGAGAGAACAUAUCCGGACAUCAUCCAGAGAUGGCAAAAGUUUUCAAGAAGACUAGCGGAAAUGGAGGGCUGACCCUCUACCUGGGGAAGAGAGACUAUGUGGACCACGUGAACUCCGUGGACCGAGUUGAUGGUGUUGUAAAGCUGAACCCAGCAGAUUUUAAAGACAGAAAAGUGUUUGUGCAGUUGGCAUGUGCCUUCCGCUACGGCAGCGAUGAUCUGGAUGUGAUGGGCCUGUGCUUCCGGAAAGACAUCUGGAUCCAGAUUGUCCAGAUCUACCCUGCGACCGACAAACCCACUCUGACCGCCAUGCAUGACACUCUGCUGAAGAAGGCCGGGGACGACGCAGUCCCUUUCUCUUUUGAAAUUCCCAACAACCUGCCGUGCUCAGUCUCUCUGCAGCCUGGGCCAGAUGACAAUGGGAAGGCGUGCGGUGUCGACUUCGAGGUCAAAACUUACCUCGCCAUGGAAAAGAGCAACCCUGAUGAGAAAAUUGAAAAGAAGGACACUGCUCGCCUUAUCAUUCGUAAAGUCCAGUUCGCUCCCACUCAGGUGGGCGCCGGGCCCAAGACUGAGCUCUGCAAAAGCUUCAUGAUGUCUGACAAGCCCGUUUAUCUAGAGGCUUCGAUGGAGAAAGAUCUCUACUUUCACGGCGAAGAAAUCCCAAUCAAAAUCAAAGUCAACAAUGAGAGCAACAAAACAGUCAAGAAAAUCCGGAUCCUCGUGGAACAAACUACAGACAUCGUCCUCUACUCAGCAGACAAAUACACCAAGGCGGUUCUCAGCCAAGAGUUUGGAGAGAGUGUGGAUCCCAGUGGCACCUUCGAGAAGACUCUGACCAUCAUCCCCCUGCUGGCUGAAAACAAGGAGAAAAGAGGUCUGUCCCUGGAUGGACGACUGAAGGACGAGGACACUAACUUGGCCAGCUCCACUAUGCUGCGAGACAGGGUCGAAAACGACGUGUUGGGGAUCCUGGUUUCCUACAAGAUUAAAAUUAACCUCAUGAUUGCCGGAGGAGGCCUGCUGGGCGGCCUCACAUCCAGUGACGUCACAGCGGAGCUGCCAUUGUUGCUCAUGCACCCCCAGCCUCAAGCAGAGUAAAGACUGCACAUCAUUAGAGGAUGUUACCCUGGAGGUCGAGAAGAACCCCACAGGCAGACAGGAAGACGAGGGCAAGCAGCACAAAAGAGAGAAGAGGACUGUGACUAAUGUAAUGAAACCAAAUAACAAUAACCGGGCAACUUAAGAGAAGGACCUCUUCAGUAAACCAAGGGUAAUCAUUCAGAUGUAACAUCCGCCCCCUCACAAAUCUUUUUAGUCUCGUUUCUGUUGUUUAAUUAAUGUAAUUAAGCUGUGUAGAAAGUAUUCGUAUUGCAAAAAUAGUGGCCAACGUUUUGUAAAAGAACAGAGUAUAGAAAUGUGAAGCAUAAAAAUCCUUUUCACCUCACGUUAGAGUGGAGGAAGGUGAGAAAUCAGCUUGACACCCAUAAACAUCAGUGUGCUUUGGAUUAAAGUGAUAAACUUGGCUGUUAUUUUGAAUGAUACUUUCUGUGAAAUGUACCUGUUUCUGUUUUUGACUGAAUGGCUAAGUCAAAUAACCCAAAACGCAAUAAAAUUAUUUCAAAAACAGA